UCACAUUAUCUAAUUUCCACCUCUAUAAAUAACUGUCACGUUUUCAUCCCAUGCACAAGAUCAUAUAUACUUACGCUAUAUAUCGUCACAAAUCAGAGAAAAACAAUCAAAUUCUCUAGCUCCCACUUUUCAAACCAAAGAUGAUGAUCGAAGUGCAAUCUAUUGACACCAUCAAGCCAUCGUCUCCGACUCCCAACCACCUGCCCCACCAUGAGCUCUCCUUUCUCGACCAGAUAUCGCCGCCGAUUUUCAUGCCCCUCAUCCUCUUUUUCCUGAAGGAUGAUCUCAUCAGCAACACUGAGAGGUGCGAAACGAUCAAGCUAGCGUUGUCUGAGGCCCUGACACGAUUCUACCCUCUUGCUGGGCGCGUCAAGGAAAACAGGUUCGUUGACUGCAAUGAUGAGGGCGCUCACUAUGUGGAAGCCAGGGUUAGAUGCCGGCUCUCCGACAUCCUCGAGAACCCUAACCCACAACUGAUGAACAAGCUCUUGCCCGUCAAGCUCCAUGUUGUGAGCGAGCUGGGCAUGGUCGUGCAGGUUAACCUGUUUGAUUGCGGUGGGCUAGGGAUUAGCUUGUGCUUAUCCCACAAGAUCGCGGAUGCCCUAUCAUUCUUCACGUUCCUCAACAGUUGGGCAGCCAUAGCUCGGGGUGACGCCUACAUAAUAAGUCCUUGCUUCGACUCAGCUUCUCUCUUCCCACCAAUCAGCAUAUCCGGGUACCCAGGAAACUCGGGGAUCACAACUGGAAUCAUCACCAGGAGGUUUGUGUUUGAAGCUGCCUCUAUUGCCGGUCUCCAGGCCAAGUACACCAACAAUGAUAGCCGGGACAGGGGACCGACCAGGGUCGAGGCCCUGUCAGCUUUCAUUUGGAGCCGAUAUGUGGCAAGCACAGGGAAAGGGUCAGGAGACACGACCGAGAAUAAGAUCUACACACUGCUUCACGCAGUGAACUUACGUACAAGGAUGGAGCCGCCUCUGUCGGAGCGUAACUUCGGUAACAUUAGCAGGAUUGCCAUCACGAUUCCAAGCACGGAUGCAAUUGAAGGAGGGCGGCUGCAUGAGAUCGUGAACCAGGUGAGGGAGGCGAUAAGGCAAGUGGACGCGGAGUACGUGAGGAAACUCCAACAGGGAGACGGGCAUUUGAACUUCUUAAAGGAGAGGUACGCGAAGGUCUCGAAGGGCGAAGUCAUCCCAUUCAGCUGCACGAGCCUGUGCCGGUUCCCUAUGUACGAGGCUGACUUCGGGUGGGGGAAGCCAGCGUGGGUUGCAUCAGCGACCCUGCCAUUCAAGAACGUGGUCGUGUUUCUCGACACCAAGUCGGGGGACGGGAUCGAGGCUUGGUGUAACUUUAAGGAGGAGGACAUGGCUUGCUUUGAAAAGGAUGAGGAGCUCCUCUCUUAUGUUUCUCCAAAUUCAAGCGUCCAAAUUUGAUUGUUCUGAGAUCAAAUUAAUUAAGGUGUGUUGUAUAUCCCAAAAAGUUAAGGGUGUGUCUCAUAUAUAUAUAUAUAUAUGUAUAUCAAAUGUUGAAAACAUAUAUAUGAUUUCUGUUAAUACAAGCUAAGUUUGGUCCCUUUGUUUAUUAUGCAGACAUGCAAAAUUUGCCGGUUGAGAUUAAUUUACUCAUCUUAUCCUAA